AUGCACAGACAUCAGAGGACGGAGAUUGCUGCUGUAGUGAAUGCCAGGCGUUCUUGGCACCCCAGGAAGCUGCCAGUGGGUGGAACCAUGGAGACCACCAUGGGGUCUGCGAGCAUCUUGGAGGUCUGCACCACCAAACUGAUGGAGUUUGUUUCCAAUGUGGACAACAGAGACAUGGUGUGGCUGCAGGAGACUAAGGAGGAGGCCCAAAAGAUGUUCUCUAGUGACUCCACAGUGGAGCCUGAGCUGAUGCCCAAAACGCCAUCUCAGAGGAACCGCCAGAGGAAGAAACAGUUUUCCUCCAUUCAGGAUAAAAACAAGCCCCCAACCAGGAAAAGGUUGUCCCGCCAUGCGAGCCGAAGGAGCAGUCAACACAACCAGCAGCUCCUUCGGAACAAAGACAGGCUGGAGAAGCUAGUUAUGGUGGCAGCUGACAACAGCUCUUUCCGUCGUGGGACUCGAACCCAAGCAGCAGCAGCAGCCUCCUCACCCCCUGAAUCCCCCACGGUGCUCCCCAAAAAGCCUGUGAACCUGGCAGCAAUGGAUGGGCUUGUGCCUGUUGUAGAGAUUAUCAUCAGCGACCAGCAGAGUGCUGAGAAUUUCCUGGUGGCACACAAGGCCAAGACAGCUGCCCUCAGCUUGGGCUGCAAAGAUGAAUCGGUGCCCAAAAAGCAAGCAGAAAGCCACCCUGAGCCAGCGCCUGGGACCUCCUUGGUGGUGCCCACUGAGGUGCCUGAGGUGAAAGCUGCGGGGCUGGCUUGGUCUGUGGCCAAACUCCAGAUAGCCCAGCCAGUGGCCGUGACAGCCAAGCCAGGCAGGGCACCCUCUUCUCCAGGAGCACAGACCCAGCCAGAGACUGAGCUCCCCUUGGACUUGCUGGAAGGCCCCCAGACCCAGAUAGGCCCCUGCUGUGACCGGCACUCGGUGUGUAGGAGACUGGUGCUCAAAUCCUCACAAGCCCAUGGGGCUUCCUUGAUUUGUAAGGCCUCCGUGGUCCCGAAGACCACGUCGAGCUCUGCUCGAUGGUCCUCCAGGAAGCUGGCCCAGAAACCGGCAGUCACCGGCUGCAUCAUCUGUAAGUUGUUGGGCAUUUCCUGGGCGCUGAAGCUCAAUCCCUUUGUCCCUCGCAGUCUAUCUGCCCUCUGCCUCGUUUUAGCAAAGAUGAGGGUGCCCCAAGCACUUGGAUUCCUAGAAUGUCUGCCCGGGGAGGGGAUUCCAGGAUGGAAGAAGAGUUCCUAG